AUGGAAUAAGAAGAAAUUUGGGGGAGUUUGUAAUAAAUUAUUUAGGAGGAUGAAAAGUAUAUCAAAUUUGUCAUAGUAUAUAGUUAAAAUAAUGUCAGGCAAGGUGAUAUUAUAUAUCUAAAAUCAUAUUUACCAGAAGAUAAUAAAGGUCUAAUUUCAGGUGAAGGAUUUGCAACAAAUAAAGUUGAGUGCCUUCUUCUUUAAAAAUAUUCAAAUGAAUAUUUUGCAAGUAAAUAAACCGAGUUUUUAGCGAUAAAGUAAACAGAUAGUUUAUAAAACAAAUAAGCUGAAUGGAAUAUUUUUAAGUGUUUAUUUAGAAUUCUUGAUAGUAAUCGUUCAAGUUUAGAAUAAGCAGGAAAUGAAGGCGAUCAAGACAAUCAAAAAGAAAAUUAAGGAGCAAAUGAAAAUGAAACUAAUAUCAUUUACGGAUAAGAAAUUUAGUUGCUACAUUUAUAUUCAAAAUGUUUUUUAACAUUAAACAGUUAAGCUUUAGCAAAAGAGAACUGUUGUAGAGAACUUAGAUUAGCAUAAAAUAUUACACCUAAUUCUAACUUUAUGCUUUAAUCUAAUACCAAAAGCUAUGGUGAACCAGUAUUAUAUGGUGACAUUUUAUUUUUAAAGAGUAGUGUUGCUCAUUUAAAUUAAUGGGGAUUAGGAAUACAAUAGGCAAGUCCUUUUUCUGAAGUUCAUGCUUCAUAAAUUGCUUCUACAUUAAGAAUUUGUAAUUAUGUUGAAAAUGAGAAUGAAAAUACUAUUAUGAAUGGAGAUAUUAUUGUUUUUAAAAAUAGACUUUUUGGAGGAUAUUUAAGUGUAAAAAGAUAAUUAUCAUCAACUAAGUUACUACAAAAAAGAUAAAUAUACAAACAAAAUUAAACGUUAGAAUAAGAAUACAUCAAUUUAAAUGAAUUAAAAAAAUAAGAAAACUUAGAUUAAAUGUUUCAUAUUACAUUAGAAAGUGAUCUAUAAUUAAAUUCUCUUUGGCAAUUAAUUGCUUUAACAACUUAAUCUUCUAAAUAAUAAUUUAUUAAAAAAGAUCAAAAAAGGAUUUAAAAAAGUUAUUUAAUUAAAAAUGUAUUAACUGGAACUUUUUUAUUUAUAGAAAAUGAACAAUUACACUUUUCAUAUGAUCGUUUAUAACCUAAAUUUGAAUUUUAAAUAAAGAACUUAUAAAAAACAGAAUAAUAAAUAAAUUUAGGUGAGUUUUAUAGGAUUUUAAGAAUUUAAGAAAACCAGUAACUUUCUCAAUUCUAAACUUGUAUUAUUUAAUGUUCUAGUUGUAAUGAAGUAAAUAUAACUACAAAUUGCUAAAAAAAAUAAUAUGAUUAUUAACUUUUUAAAGUUGCCAGAGGUCCUUAUCAAUAUGCAAUGGCUGCUAAUAAAAUUUAAUCUUUUUAUUUUGGAAUUAUUGACUUUUAUGUAUUUUUAUAAGAUUGGGCUUUAGAUAAAGAAUUAAAAUAUUCAUAUAAUAUUGCUUUCUAUAAUUAAAAAUAAUUAUAAGAUGAAAUCAAUUAAUUUGAAAAACUUUUAAAUAAUAUUAAUUUAUUUUUAGUUUAAGAUAAUCUAAUUUAAGAAACAAAGCAAAAUCAAUUUAAUCUAUGUAAACAUGAUAUUUUAGAUUUACUUAUUAAAUUACAAUAAUUAGUCAAUUUACUAUCAAGUUAAGACUGUAAACAAUAUUCAAGCUAUAGUGAUAAAACAGCCUAAAGAAUUGCAAGAUAAAAAUUUGAUCCUGCUGCUUCAAUUAAAAAGAAAAAACAAUUUUAUUUAAUAGAAGAAAUUUACUCAACUAUAUAUCAAAUUAUUUAUGAUAAUAGUGACUGUUGUAAUUAUGUUAUUUAAGAGGAUUCUAUUAUUGACUUUCUAUUUAGUCAAUUAAAUUAAUAUAGAGAAUAAAUUGAGAAAACUUUUAAAUAAAUAGUUUCUAAAGCUAGAUAUAAUCCAAUUAUAGCUAAAAAAUGGAUAAACAGAAUUGCUACAAUAACAGAAGAGAAUUUAGAAGAUUAAAUUUUCAUUAUAACAAUUAUUCAUUUGUUUAUUUCAUCAUCCGAUCAUAUAAGUGUAGAAGGUUAAAAUUUAUGUAGAAAGACCCUUUUUAUGAAUAAUAAAUGCAAAUUAUUAAAAUGUUUGAUAAGAAAUGAAUUACCUAUAUUAGAAAUAGAAGCUGAAGCUAAAAAUUUUGCAAAAAAUAAUAAAAAAUUUUGUAAUAACCAUUAUCAUUAUUAUCCAAAUCUAGUAGAAAAUUAAAUAUCUUUUGAAUAUUUUUAUUUACAUGAUUAAGAGAGAAAUUAUCAUAAAUAUGAAUAAUAUUUACUUAAUAUUAUGAAUUUCUAUGCAACAAUGUGCAGAGGUAGAAAUUUUAAGAAUAUGAAUUUAAUAAAAAAUGUAGUGGGUAUUAAUUAAAAUUUCUUUAAUAAAAUAAUAAAAUCUAGUCAUAGUUUAUCAUGCAAAUAAGUAAUUAUAGAAUUAUUUUCAUCUUUGUAUUUUGAUAUAGAUCCUUUGACUAAAAUUUCAAUUUUUGAAAAUACUUGUUAUUUAAGAUAAGCUUUAGGGGAUUUUGAUAAAGAAUUGGAAUCUGGUAGAUAUUUUUAUGAAAAUAUUUCAUCACAUAAUCUUAAAUAAACAGAUUCAUAUCAAAAUUUUCAAAAUUUUUAAUAAGAGACCUUAAGAACCUAAGAAAAUAUGAAAGAACUUUUAUAUUUAAAAUCUUUUUCAUCCCAUAUUAUUACUAGUCAAAAAUAUCAUGAAAAUUUUUUAAAUUUAUUCUUAUAACAAGAAUAUCCAUAAAUAUUAACUGAAGAUUCAAAUAGUUCACUUAAUUACAAGUAAAUAUCUAAAAUUUAAUUAAAAUUUUUUUUAAGUUUAAUUCGAAUUGUGAAAAAUUCUAUUGAUUUAGGAUACAAUACUCUUUAUAAAAAUAGAGAAAUACAAGAAACAUUACCAAAUAUUUUUUUUAUCUUGAUCAUCUAAUAAAAUAAUAAUUUCAAAUCAUUUGAAUUUUAAGAAGAGAAAGCUUUUGCUUUAAAUUUGAAAAAUAUGUAAUAAACAAAAAGUAAACUAAUAACUGCCGAAUUUAAAAAAUUUAAUUUAAGUUUUAAUUAAUCAUGGAUUGCAGAAUUCUUGCUAUGGUCAACAUCAACUUGUAAAGAAUCAGAUGUAAUAGAAUAGAUAUUUUAAGAAUCAUUAAGUAUCUAUAAAGUAUUAUUUUACUUAUAAGCAAAUUUAUAAGUUUUAUAAUACUUAACUCAAAAAGAAGGUUCAAUGAAUGAAUUAUUUGCAAACCAUAAUACAAUUUUAUUUAAUUGUUUAUUUGGAACAACUAAAUUUCCAAAUCUUAAUAGCGAAAUCUUGUAAUAUCUAAUUUUAAGUUUUAAUAAUUAGUAGUACGAUCUUUAAGAAAUUUAAGAAGUUGAAAUCCUUGAUGAUGAAAUAGAACGAUAAUAUUUUGGAAUUGUAAAUGGACAUUAUGAAACUGAAGAUGAUUAAGGACCAAAAGAAAUAUAAUAAUAUGUUAAGAGAGCAGUUAAGUAUGUAUAAAUUAAUUAAUAAAAUAAUAAGAAAUUGAAUGAAUUUAAAACAUCUUUUUAAAAAAUAUCUAAAUAUAUUUAAAAGGUAAACUAAUUAUUUGAAAGUAUAAAAAAAUACAAUCAAUCCUAUACCAAAUCUUUAUAAAAUAUGAUUAGAAAUGCUGGUAUACAUCUUAUUUUUGUUGAAUUUAUAAUGAAUUCAGAUCAAAUUAUUGAAAAUGAACAUGUUGUUUAUUUUUACAGAAGUUUUUUAAAAUUUUGGGAAAAUUUUAUAAGAGACAAUUAAACUAAUUUAUAAAUUUUGAUACCUAAAUUAGAUGUUCUUUUUAAAAUAUUAUUAAUACCAUAACCUUUAGGUGAUAAUUUUUUAUAUAAAUCUUUAUCAAUCUCUAAGCUAGAACUUUAUUGUGCCUCUAAUUCAAUUAUUGAUAUAAUUAUAAAUAUUUCUAAAUCAUUAAAUUUAAAUGAAAAUUUAAUUCAUAUUAGAGCUGGAAAAUAAUAUUUAAAAGUAUUAAAAGGAUUUACAAAAACACCUGCAAAACCUAGAUUUAAUUAAUUAAGCAAUUAAAAGUAAAUUUUACAUUUAAUACUUUAAAAUUUUAGAGAUUUAAUUGAUCCAAUACAAUAUUUUGAGGAAAAGAAUCAAAAAGAUAUAUAAAUUUAAAAUAAUGUUCUUCGAUAUUAUUAACUCAAACUUCAUUCCACUGCCUUAAAUCUGAUAUCAGAAUCUUGUGAAAAUUAUUACUUAGGUAUAUCUGAAACUUAAAGAAUUUUAUUGUUUGAAUAAUUAACAACGGUAUUAUAGAAUGAACCUUAUAUUGUAAAAGCUGCUUAUUUAAGGUGUAUCUUUGAAUUAUACAUUAAUUUAGUCAAAUCAAAUGAUCUUAUAGGAGAUCUUAUUGAUAAUUUUUAACUUAAAGAAUUAUUUACUUCAAUAAUUAUACCAGAUUUGUAAUUAAUGCAACAAUUUUAAAAAAAUCAUAAUUUAGGCAAUUCAAUAUUAAUUAAUGUUAAGGAAUAUUGGAAAUAUAUUAUGUAUGUUUUUGAAUUUCUAAUUUCUGUUAUUGAUGAAUUUAGAAUUUUGGAAAGGCACAAUGAAUUUAAUUUUGUUGAAGAAUAUAAAUAGAUACUUAUAUUAAUCAAAGGAAUAUUACUUAACACAUCCAAUCCUUUAAUAUCAGAAAAAAGAGAUUAUAUAUAAUAAAUAUCUGAAAUUAUUGAACUUUUUGUUGCAAAUCAAAAUAAUUUCAAUCUAUAAUAUAGAUUAUAAAUGUUUUGCAUUAGAUAAAAAAUAUCAUUAUAAGAUUUAAUAGAUCAUGUUGAAUAAUUAAAUUAAAAAGAUAAACUAUAAAAGUUAAAAGAAAUUUGUAAUUAAAAUAAUAAAAUCUAUAUCAAACAAGAAGAUCUUAAUCAUUUUAAAUCAAGUAAAUCUUCUUAAUAUUUAAAUGGAGAGUAUUGGAUUGAUUUCAAAAAGGCACUUUGUUUCUAACAUGAAAUAAAUGAAUUUACUACUUAGGUUUAAGAAAGGCUGAAAGAGGAAUUAAAUUUAUAAAUUUUAAAAGAAAAGUUUCAAGAGAAAAAAGAAAAUGAAGUUAAAAAAGCUUUUAUAAAAAAAGGAUGCAGCGGAGAAAUUUAAAAUCCUUUAUCUGAAGAUGUAUAAAUUUUAUUCUUUUUACAUGAACUUCAAAAUUAAUCAGAAAGUUUACUUCUAGAAGAAAAAUUUAAAGAAUUUUUAAUGAAAUGCAAAUAAAUUUUUUCUUAGAAUUCCAAUUAUUUAAUUAAAUUAUGCAAAAUAUUUUUAGAAAUGAAAAAGCCAAAUAAAAUAUUUAUAAAUAAUGAUGAAAGUGAUGAUGAAGAAAAUUAAAAAUAAUUUGAAAAUAAAUAAUAAUAACCUGAUAAGAACUCUAUUGAGUAAUAUACGAUAUUGCAAAAUUUAAUAUCCGAAUGUGAUAUUCAUGUAAUAGCUAUUGAACAAUUAAAUCAUUAAAAUAUGAGUGAAUAAUUAGAUUCUUUAACUUUGUUAUAUCAUUUAUUAGACUUUGGUAAUACAUAAGUUUAAUAAAGAUUUUAAAUUCUUUUAUAACAUCAUAAAAAAUAUAAAAAAAUAUUUAUUCAGUUUUUUAAAGAUUUUUAUAAUACAGAUGUGAGCAUAAAAUUAGAGCAAUUAAGUUCGCCUAAAAAUAAUAAUUACAUAAAUAUAUGCAUUAAAGUACUUCAAGUAUUAUAAGGAUUAUGUGAGAAUGUCCAUAUAGAAUUUUAAAAAUUCUUGAGAAUACAAAACUAAUAAGAUUCUAUUACCAAUAAUUUUAAUUUUGUUUUAGAAACAACUAAUUUAAUAGUAAAAUUUUCAUCAGAUAAAUCUGUUGAUAAUUCUUAGAAAUGGGAAGUAUAUUAGUAGGGAUUAUUAAGUUUAAUUGAAUUUUCAACUGGACUCAAUGAAAAUAAAAAAGAGAUAACAAAAAAUUCUCGAUUAUUUUCCAAAUUUAAUGAGAUAUUUAAUAGUGCAGAUUUAGAUUUAGCCUUACACCCUUAAUAAAAAAAAGAAUAAAAUAAAUACUUUCAACUUUUAUAAACACUUUACAUUUAUAUUUAAUUAUUGAUAUCUUUAUUGGAAGGAAAUGUAAAUGAAAAUAAAUAAGUAUAUAAAUUCUUAUUAGAAAAUUUAAAUAAUGAUUUCCUAUUGUCUUUGGCAAAAAAGAUAUAUAAUUCUAGAAUAAUAUCUAAAAAGGCAAAUAUAUAUGUUGAUAAAUAUUGCAAAAUUCCAUGUAUACAAAAUUAAUGCAAUAAAAGUUACUGUAUUAAAGGAUAUGUAACUAGAGAAGAUUCUUUACUAAUUGAGACUGGAUUAAACAUCUAUAUUAUUGGUCUAAAGUUAUCUAAUUAUAGUAAUGACCAGAAAUUUAAAAUAUUUUAAUUUGAAAGUAUGAUGAUUGAAAGAGAUUUAAUUUAAGAAGAUUAAAUAAAUUAAGAUAUUAGUUUGAAAAGUAUGAUUCAAAAAACUUUUUCAAUUAGUCAGCAUCCUGAAUAUUAUUAAAAAAUUAUUGAUCUAUAAAAUUUUAAUAAUGAUUUAUUUGAUGAAAUUAAUGAAGAAAAACAAAAUACAUAAUCUGAACUAGUAUAAGUAUCAAGAAAAGAUGAAUUUUUUUAAUUCUUUCGAGAAUUUAUUGGUAGGGUAGAAGUAGUAAAUUAAUUCGGUGAAAUUGAAAGAAUUUUAUUUCAGAAACCUUUUGUUUGUAAAUAUAUAACAUAAAAUAUUAAAUAAAAUUUGAUCUUUGAAUCAAAUAGAGAAUCUGAUGAAGAUAGAAUUAGUAGUUUAUUAGAGAAUAUUAAUUUUUAUCAUGCUUAAAUGAUUCAUUAUUAAAAUGUCAGUACAAUUCCUGUAAUGCAUUUUGGCUAAAAACAUUGGAGAACUUUAAAAGAUGUUUCUUAUAUUUUAUGCGUUCUUAUUAUUUUAUUCUUUAUUUUAAUGCCUGAUGAUAUAUCAGAAGAUGGAAAUAUAUUCGAAGGGGAAGAUUAAAACAAAACUUAAUCAAAAAAAGUAUAAAUAGUUUUGUAUUUAAAUAAUGUAAUUUAAUAUUUAUUAAAUAGAUUAUAACUAUAAUUCAAUUAAUAUUGAAUUUGAUUAUUAUAAUAUUUUGUGCUAUUGAAAGAUAUCCAAUCGCUGUUAAUUUUAGAAGAGGAGCAACUAAUGUUUAACAUAUUUAGAAUCUUAAAAUGGAGGCAGGAUUUAAGAUCCCAGAAUACAAAAAAAAAUAUUAUGAAUUUAUUGGUUAUAUGGAAAAUAAUUUUGAAUAAUAACAAGUUUAAAAAAAUCCUUUGAGGAAAAUUAUUGUAUUGCUUUUAAUUGAUUUUGAUAAUUUUUACAAUGUAAUAUAUUAUAUUAUAUAUAGAUAAUGAUAUUUGGAAUCACAGCUAUUGCAUUCUUCAAUAAUUAUGUUUAUGUAAUAUUAUUAUUAGAUAUUGUAAAAAGAUCAGAGGUCUUGUAAAAUAUCAUAAAAGCAUUUACUGAAAAUACUAAAAACUUAAUUAUAUUUGGAUUUUUAGGUUUAAUAGGAUUAGUUUUAUAUGGAUUCUUAAUAAAAUUAUCAUUUAGUCAUGAUUUCAAAGAUGAAACAAAAUUUGCUUCAGAUUCUUUGGGUUAUUCUAUAGCACAUGUUAUUAAUUUUGGUUUGAGAAAUGGCGGUGGAAUUGGUGAUACUCUCUCUGAUUAUGCUAAUCCUUUUGAUGAACCAGAAAAAUAUUGGAAAAGAUACUUCUUUGAUCUAACUUUCUUUAUUAUCUUCAAUAUAUUGUUUUUAUAAAUGAUUUUUGGUAUCAUUGUUGAUAAGUUUGGUGAAUUGCGUGAUGAGAGAUAAGAAUUAUUAAAAGACAUUUAGGGCAAAUGCUUUAUUUGUAGUCUUGAAAGAAAUGAAAUCGAUUCUAAGUAAAUUAUUAAUCUAUUUAAUUAGAACUAAAGGUGGAUGGUUCUAACAUAUUUAUUUAGAACAUAAUGUUUAUCAUAUGCUAUUUUAUUUAAUUUACAUUAAAAAAAAACCGAUCACAGAUUGUAAUUAAUUGGAAAAGUACAUAAAAGAUUAAAUGUUAAAUAAAUCCUCUGAAUUCAUUCCAAUUAAAAUGACUUAUGAACUACAAAGUUAACAAAAAUAAUAAACAUGA